GAACCAAACCGGCCCAAUAACCCCAAAAUCCUACCAUAAACCCUAGAAUCCCCUCCACCCCAAGGCCCAGCCGCCGCCUCCUCCCUUCCUCUCUUCUUUCCUCGCCGACGACGCGAUUCCCCACCGGCGUACGGCGGCGGCGGCGGCGAGGGAUUUCGCCGGCCAGCUAGCCCCAUCCUCAACAAAAUCGAGGGGUCGGUUGCUCUCCCGGUGGAAGAGCCCCAUGGCCUCCGCCACCGCCCCGCAGCCUGUGUCCUCUCCAUCCGCCGCAGCCGGCGCCGCGUCGAACAACCCCCACAAGCGCAAGAAGCCGGCGGCGAGGGGGAAGGGGAAGGGCAAGGGAAAGGGCCGCCUCGCCAAGACGCCCAGGCGCUCCGAUGACCCCGGCGACCUCCCCCGCCGCCGCAGCAAGCCCAGCGACAGGUUCCUCAAGCUGCUCCGCAAGCGCGCCCGCGACUACAACUCCGACGACUCCGACGACGAGGAGCGCCUCUCGGAUGAGGACGAGGAGGAGGAGGGGGCUUCCGGCUCCGGUGACGACGAGGCCGCCGGCGCGGUGACCAGGUUCGAGCAGGGGUGCCGCGCGUUCCGCGUCGCCUUCACGAAGAUCAUGGCCAAGAAGCUCCCCGACGACCCACUGGGUCCAAUUCUUUCGGCGCACAAGAAGCUGGUCGCCGCCAAGUUGGCCGAGGACGCAGAAGAACACAAGCCCAAGGGAGAAGGCCGCAGGGAAAAGCGCAUGGCUGCAGAGAAGGGCCAUGUCAUUCCCACAAAUCAUUUAGAUAGUAAAGAGAAGGAGCUCAUCAAAAUCGCAACCCAAGGGGUCGUCAGGUUGUUCAACUCGGUAAGCAAGGCGCAGAAUUGUCGGAAAGGUUUGAACCCAUCAAGGAGUAAAGACGCCAAAGUGUUGGCAAAAGAAACAAAGCAGGCCUUCCUCACAGAAUUAAGCAAAACAUCUAACCAAAGUCAAAAGGGCAAGGCAUCUUCCAACUUUUCUAAGAACAAUAGCAAAGACGAAGACGAACCUGGGUGGGCACCCCUACGCGAGACAUACAUGCUUGGGUCGAAAUUGAAAGAUUGGGAUAAAAUGCAGACCUCUGAUGUUGUGAAUGAACAAACGGAGAUCCCUUUGGACGACUCUUCUGAUGAGGAAUAGGCAAUAGAUUCACCUGAGUGAGUUGAAGCAGCAUUUGGGACAAUGUUCCUGUGCUUUGAAGUCGUGUUCUUGUUAUUGACAUUGUAAAGCGAUAUUUGGUUCAAAUUUGCAAGUUAAGUUUUCUUAUCAUUGUUUCAUGCAUUGAUGAAUGUGAUGGCUAAUGCACGGCACGGGCAAGUUGUCCAACCUCUUGGAAAUUAUUUUCCUUUAUUA